AGCACUCUUCAAAUUAGACUCCCGUCAGCUCUUCGAGAAAAACAGUAGCAGCGCGUCAGGAAGCAAGGUUCAACUAUGAAACCCAAACUCAACACCGCCGACGACUCCACCCAAAACACCAACUCUCCACUGCCAUCCCUCCGCCUUUCUCGUGAGCAAGAACUCUCCGUCAUGGUCUCCACACUCAGGAACGUCAUCUCCAGUAGUACCGACACCAACACCAUCGCCGCCACCAUGGCUAUGGAUUUCUCCCCGGAAUUUGCUUCCUCUAGUAUGGUUGGUCUUACCCAUGAAGCUAAUAGUUCAGGGACAGUGCUCUCGGUGUCUGAUUAUAUGGAUAAGUGCCCUGUGUGCAAAAUAGACGGUUGUUUGGGGUGCAAUUUUUUCUCGCCAAAUAAACAAGAAGAGAAGAAACCGACAAGGAAACGAGCAAAGAAGAAUUUCAGGGGAGUAAGGCGAAGGCCAUGGGGGAAAUGGGCAGCUGAGAUUCGCGACCCACGGCGCGCCGCCAGGGUCUGGCUCGGAACAUUCACAACGGAAGAGGAGGCAGCGCGGGCCUAUGACAGAGCCGCCAUUGAGUUCCGUGGACCCAGAGCAAAGCUCAACUUCCCAUUUUCAGAUUAUAGAAACGAUGACAGCAGUAACAUCGGCAGUACCUCAGCAGCAACAACAGUUCAUGAUGGUGGGGAGAACACAUCGGAAAACGGGCAACGCAGAACUGAUGAUGAAGUGGAAAUAGCGAUGGAAUUUGGGAAAGAAAGUGAGUUUUGGGGUAAUGGAGAAGAUGAGAUUCAGCAGUGGAUGAAGAAGAUGGUGGACUUUCCAGUUGAUGAUUCUUCCGAUUCUACAGGUAAUGCCAACAGUUAUUAAAGGGUAUUUCUUAAUAUUAAUUCAAUAAAAGAGAGAUCAGUCAGACUAAACUAGUGCAUUCAGAGCAAGAGUGUAAUAAAUUCCAAGAGAGAAGUGAGAAUUACUGGGCUUUUAAUAUUGGGGUUGUGAUUCUUGUGAAGCUCUUUCUUUUAUUAUUUGCAAGAAAGAGUUUAGUGUUUAAAAUAUUUAGUGGAACUUAAUAAAUUCAGUUAAUUUUGUAAAGUUCUUCCUUGUAAUUAAUUAGCAUUAUGAUAAUCUCAACAAGUGACUCAAUGGUUAAAAAUU